AUGACCCCAGGUAUCGAAACCUCUAGAUCACUAAUCCGAAGGAAAGGAUUAAACAACCAAUGUAAAUAUUGUCCGGUUUGUCCGGCUCAGUUCCUCAGAUCUGUUUGUGAAGCCAUUCUCAAUUGUGAACAUCUUCAUUUCAAUAAGCAAAUAUUUUUUUGCCAAUCUUUCGAGUUAAUUCAUCGAGUAAUUUCUCAAGUGGACUAUAAAGGUGUCAGAGAUAUAAUCAGAUUUAUGAUCGAGAAAAUCCACACAAUUCCCAUUGAGGCAAAUAUUGCUAUGCUACCGCAAUUAGAUGUUAUGCGUAAGGUCUUGGAUUAUGCCUUGAACCGAAACUCUUCAGUAUUGCCAGCCUAUCUAGCUUUUGAUGAAAUUAAGAAAAAAUCUGACAAAUGGAUGCAUUGGAAAUUCGCUGAUUUAUUUUCGGCUUUUGUGGAAAGCUUCCGUCCUGUUGCUCAGAUGGUUUCAAUCAUUAAUCGUUCCAAGCUCUUACCAAUUGUUGGAUAUUCCUCAACCUUAAACCAAUCUUGGCAAUUGAAUGCAGCCACAGCCGCAUUCGACCUCAAAGGUCUUUUACCUUAUAACAACGAGCUUACAAGACCUCAGAUAGGCUUGUUGCGAUAUGUCUUGGAACAGCCUUAUUCUCGUGAAAUGAUUUACUUUAUGUUGAGUCUGACUAAUAAAGCUAAAUCCCGCUGUCCUAUUCUUGAAGAACAAUUGGUUGCAUUGAUUGUAUUGGCAAUGGAAAAGUCUGAAAAUGAAACGAACAAUCAAGAGGAAACUGACUAUAGUCAAACUCAGUGCCUUUGGCAAAUACUAUCUGGCCAUUUGAUAACUUUCAUCAUACUAAACCAUAUAAGUUUUCCACAGCUUGUGCGAAGCCUUCAUGAAUCAUUGGCUGCUCGAAAUUCAAAAAAAGGACGAGAUCAUCUAAUGUGGAUGCUUCUUCAAUAUAUUUCUGGUUCCAUUCAGAAGACUCCUCUAACAGAUUUCUUACCAUUCUUCAAACUUCAUGAUUUACUCUACCCUGAAAAGGAUCCUCUUACUGGUCCCGAUAUAACUAAACCUAUCUGCACUCAUACUUUCGCGAUCAGUUCCAUUUGGAUUCAUUUGUUAAAGAAAGCAGAAAAUGAACCUCAAAAGGUGAUAAGACCGAUUCAUGUUGAAUUUCUUCACCAAACUUUUAUGAGCACCAAAGCUUUAUCUUCUCAUUUAAGAAUCUUGGUGGACUAUCUCGUUAAUGAAUUUACAAAUCUCUGUGGGACUCAGAAUGUUACUAAAUAUAUUGAUAAAUUGAAUGAUUUAAUUUGGAAGAGUCAUGUCAUAACUUUGGACAGAUUACUUUUAUGUCUGACUCUGAGAGCUUACGAAGGUAAUGAAGCUCAAGUUUCUUUGUUUUUCAUUCAAAUGUUAUUGCUGAAAAGGACUGAUUUUUCCAAUCGAGUUGCUGAUUUUGUCAGAGAAAUGUCUCCGGAACACUGGAAGCAAUCAAAUUGGCACAGAAACCAUCACGCUUUACACAUAGUAAGACUUUUCAAGAAAAUCUCAAUGCGUUGUCUAUGAAUUAAGGUAUUUUCAAUUCUGAAAUUCAUUGACAUAAAUGAUAUUCAUCUUGAAAUUUCUCAUUCGCAUAUCAAUAAUUUUAAUCUUUCAAUUACUUUUUUCACAGAAAUAUCCAGAAAAAUUUUAUUCCGCAGGACACGCAGAUAUCAGCGGUCAAAAGAUGCAACAUUCAUAUCUGCCAACUUAUUUUAGCAAUCAUGGUCGAGGAAUUGAUAUUUUCAUUCAGCAAAAGGAAAAUUGGAAUCAUUAAAUUUGAAAAGUCUUUUGUCGUAAAAUUUUGUCAAAGCAGGCGAA